CGGAAUGUUGUUUAGGAUACAGUAAUGGCGGCCGGGGACGACUCGGAGAUUCCUGAGUCUGGAGCUGUCUUCACAUUUGGGAAGAGUCGAUUUGCAGACAACUUACCAAACAAGUUCUGGGUGAGAGGUGAUAAAGUGAAGUCUGUAGCAUGUGGGGAUGAACAUACGGCACUAAUUGCAGAGAGUGGACGGGUUUUCACAUUUGGGGUUAAUGACUGGGGUCAGCUCGGCAUUGAUUCCGUCAAAGUCUCCACAAAGCCAGUCUGUGUGAAAAAGCUUAAACCAGAGAAAGCUACAGUGGUGGCCUGUGGGAGAAUUCACACCUUAGUAGCAACAGAGUCUGGGAGUCUGUUUACGUUUGGUGCUAAUGGCGACGGACAGCUGGGGGUAGAGGAUAUACCAAGUAGUAACUCCCCAAUCAAAGUCGAUUGCGAGCCCCGGCAAUACAAGGCGCUAGCCGCAGGGGCAGACCACUCUGUGGCUCUCACAGAGGAAGGAGACCUGUAUGUUUGGGGAGGGGGCAGCGAGGGACAACUUGGUCUGGGGGACACAGAGGACUAUUCCAAACCCACGUUACUAAAGACAGACAAUAAAGUGACCAGUGUAGCCUGUGGCUACUACCACACAGCCAUUGUCACAGACAAUGGUGAAGUUUUUACUUUUGGAGAGAGCGAUGGAGGGAAGCUUGGACUCGGGGAUGAAUAUGAGAAAGCUCACAAACCUCGAAAAGUGGACAUCCCAGAAAAAGCCAAGUCUGUGGCAUGUGGGGGGUCACAUACAGUAGUAUUGACAGAGUGUGGCAAGGUGUACACUUUUGGAGAGGGCGGUAAUGGACAAUUAGGUCACGGAACCAGAAUAUUUACGUAUCCUUCACCUCUCUGUCACAAAUUCAAGUUUAAGGUCACCCAAAUAGCUGCUGGAGAAAACCACACAGCCUUAGUAUCAGAGAAGGGACAGUUGUACACGUUUGGUGAUGGUCGCCAUGGAAAACUUGGCCUGAGUCAAGACAGCUACUCAAACCAAUACUUCCCAUGUAAAUCAGAGCGCUUCAGCAAGUUUAUAGUCACCCAGGUGUCCUGUGGAGGUUGUCACAUGAUCGUGACGGCACAUAGGCGUCUUCAGAAUGGUGACAUAAACAGUGAGUCAUCGGAAGAGGAAGAUGAGAAUGAGAAUUUGAACAAAACCAACCUCAAUCAGUCGAUCAAGGCCGAUGGUUCUGUGGACCUGGGAGGGAGCUUCGGGGCAAGGGACCGACGGCGCCAGGAGUCCAUUAAACGGGCACCAUCAUUAAACCGAACUCUGCCAGCACUCACUAAUAACGCAAAAAAUGUCAGCUCUCUAAGCGAGACCCACCCCCCAAAGCCUUCACCCCUGGCAAAACGACCACUACCACAGGCAGCUAAACCAGAAGUCAAGAAGCCAGAAUCUGAGGAAGAAUCAGAGGAAUCGGAGGAAAGCGAGGAGGAGGAGGAAGAGGCAGAUGCUGCAAAGCUCAACCAUGUACAGAAGUCAGAGACUGAAAGUGAAAGUAAACCAGUUCCAAAGCCAAGGCCAUUACCACGGAAACAUGGAGAGGACGAGGAGGAAGAAACAAAGUCUGUAGACUCAGAGAAAGACAAAGAAGAAGAAAAACCAGAAACAAAGUCCACUGAAGAGAAGAAAGAGGAAGAGGUCAAGAAGGGGUCAGAGGAGACUGAGGAGGUCAAGAAGGGGUCAGAGGAAAGUGAAGAGGAGAGUGAGGAAGAAGACAAGAAGCCAGAGAUUAGCCAAUCAGAAACACCAGCAACUGAAACUAACCAAUCAGAAUCCCCUGCAGUUGAUGCCAACCAAUCAGCAAUAGAGACUAAAGAAUCUAAAAAAGAGGAAGAAGAAAGUGAAGAGGAGGAGGAAGAAGAAGAACCUGCCAAAGAAACCACAAAGACUUCCUCCAGGGCUAUGCCUGAACCUCCUGUCCCAAAACCCCGAGCAGCAAAGACAACAGAGAGUGAAGAGGAGGAAGAAGAAGAGGAAGAGAAAGGAAAGAAGAAGGACAAAGAGAAGAAGAAAGACAAGAAGAAAGGCAAGAAGGAAUUAAAAGUGUUUGGUAAAGUGUCCACAGGACUGUCAGAUGAGGAGGAGGAGGAGGAAGAAGACGAAGAAAAAGAAGAAGAGGAACCAGAGGAGGAGGAGGAGAAGGAGGAGGACACAAAGAAGAAAGACAAGAAGAAAGACAAGAAGAAGGAUAAGAAGGUAGGAUAA